AAACGAGCCAUGACUAGUACCGACGUCGACUUGCCAAAAUUCCCACCGCAAGUUCCCACCCGAUGUUCACCCCUUGUUGUUUUCUCUGUAUGUUCAACGACCGCCGAUAGAUUCAAUCGACCGAGAUACCCAUUCACCGCCUACGCACCGUCAGACAAGUGGUCCUGCUCUCAUAACAGUCUUUUCACCCGCCUGCUUUCCCUGAAAACCUACCCAAUCCGUCUACUCUCUGCCGGCUCGCUCUAUCCUUUCUCUCUCUCCGAGACCAGCGGCCCUUUGGCUGAUGCGACAAGAUAUGCCCUCGACCCCGUGAACGAACCCCGACCCAGCCUUGACCUUGAACCGCCACGAUGGAGGCCGUGGCCUCUCCUCGGGGUCUGCAGACCCCAAGCCCGGCUGGCAUGUCGCCCUCGUUCGCUACCGUCGAUCCAGAGUUGGUGGUAGACUACCUAGCCUCCGUUGUCACCAUCGCCCUCGGCGCGACCCGCUACGAGCUUGAGAGUCCCGAGAACCUUCUUUCCAAAGCGACCUACCCCGAUACCCUCCAUAGGUGUAGUCGCUUCGCCACCGAUUCUCAGGUGGCUCUCUACGUCCAGAAGGACAUCAGGCCAUCCGACGCCGUCCCACAAGAGCCGGUCGGCCAUGCCCCCGCUUCUUAUAAGUACACCAUCACGUCUGAGAUAUCGUCUUCGCCGACGACGAUAGCAUAUCUAGCGUUGCUCAAACGUCCGCAAGCCAUCGACCCCUCCCUGCCGUUGACCUCCCAGAUCCAGAUCCAAACGCUUCCCGGCACCGCCUCGCUCACUAGCCUUGUUAGCGAACAAGGCCCUUCCGCAUCUCCUUUCGAGAUACUACAUUCCAUUGUUCAUAAUGCGCUGGCGCCUUACUUCGAUGCCAAUACCAAGACCUCGCAGGCCGCGAACGGGGCUAGGAACCGAGCAGACGUGGAUGCGAAGACAGGUAUUCCUGUGACCAAGAAGCGGAUGACGGAGCUUGAGCUGAGCUUGCUGCACCUGCAACAAAAUGUCGAGAUCCCGGAGCUGUCUCUGUCCUUCCACCCCGUUGUCCAAGGAGCGCUAGAGGAUGCGGCUGCUCGCGGCAUACGGCCCACUACCGACUUGAUACCGGCCCACCUUCUCUCCGAUAGCACUUUCAUGAACAACCUGCAAUCUACGGUCAAUAGUUGGAUUAAAUCCAUACAGACUAUUACGAAGCUCACGCGAGACCCCGUGACGAGGACUGCGACGCAGGAGAUCAAUUUUUGGUUGUCGAUGGAGUCGGCCCUGGAGGGUAUUGAAGCCCAAUUAAGGAGCGAGGGGGUGACGUUGACCCUGGAGAUCCUCAAGCACGCGAAGCGCUUCCAGGCCACCGUUAGCUUCACUGCCGAUACCGGCCUGAAAGAGGCCAUGGAGAUGGUGCAAAAGUACAACCAGCUCAUGAGAGAUUUCCCUCUCGACGAACUGCUGUCUGCCACAUCGCUGCCCAAGAUCCAGGACGCCAUUGGUCAAAUCUUCAGCCAUAUGAACAAGAAGAUGAGAUUCAGCAACUAUCCGAUAGCGCGCACUUUGCACCUCGUGGAGGCCAUCUCGGCCGAUCUCGAGGAAGUCAUGCACCGUCUGCUUCCCGGCUCCGAGCUGGUUGAUCUUGAUUACAAGGAUUUCAAGAAUCUCAUGGCUACCGCCGACGAAAUCUUCAAAUCUUGGGACGCUCAAAUCAAAGACUUCACGAACAUCGCCCGCGAGACCACACGGCGAAGGCAGGAGAGGUUCAUUCCCAUCAAGGUCAAUCCGAAGCACAGCGAGUUGCAAGCCCGGCUAAAAUACAUCGAUACCUUCCGAGACAACCACGAGCAGCUCCAGCGGACCAUAGUCAACGUCCUAGGCCCCAGAUCGACUGUAAACGGCCUAGGUGAGGACACGUCGGCCAAUGGCGUCGCUCUCGUAGAGGAAAUGGGCGACGUAGACGCCGUUGAAGAAGUCCAACAGGCUUGGGAGGCCUUGAAGCAUGUUGACUUGCUUGAUGUCUCCCCCGAGGGCACUCAGAGAUGGGUGAAGGCAGAGAACACCUAUAAUGAACGUACCUCGAGGGUAGAGAACUCGAUCAUCGCUAGGUUGCGUGAUCGCCUCGCAACCGCUAAGAACGCGAACGAGAUGUUUCGUGUUUUUUCCCAGUUCAACGCACUCUUCGUGCGGCCCAAGAUUCGUGGCGCUAUAGCCGAGUAUCAAAACCAGCUCAUCGACAACGUGAAACAGGCCAUCUCGGGGCUACACGAGCGCUUCAAACAGCAGUAUGGCCAUUCGGAGGCUCAUGCGAUGGCCCAGCUUCACGAUCUGCCGCCAGUAUCUGGCGCUAUUAUCUGGGCGCGUCAGAUUGAGCGACAACUUGAUGGCUACAUGAAGAAAGUUGAAGAUAUCUUGGGCUCCGACUGGGCCCUCCAUGCCGAAGGCCAGAAAUUACAGACCGAAAGCGAGCUGUUUAGGAAGAAACUGAAUACGCAAGCAAUCUACAAGGCUUGGAUCGAGGACGUCCAACGAAAGCAAAUCUCCAUUUCUGGUCGGCUCUUCAAUAUUAACAGAGUAAGAGCCGCCAACAAUGCGCUGGAUCUCUCGGUGAACUUCGAUGCCCAGAUCAUCGCGUUAUUUAAGGAGACCCGCAACCUCGGCUGGCAGAAUUUCAAUGUGCCCCACGCCGUCAACAACGUCGCAAAGGAAGCGAAAAGAGUGUACCCGUACGCUGUUAGCCUGAUGGAAAGCGUUAGAACGUUUGCGCAGACAACCCGGCAGAUUUCGGAACUGCCAGAAGUCUCGAUCCUACUAAGCGGCUAUCAGAAUGACGUUCAUGUCCUGGUCGCCAAGGGUAUCCCUCUUAAGUGGGAAACAUUCGUCAACACUUGGGAGUCCUACCAGAAGCCAUCUCUCGCCAACGGCAGCCUGGAGCACUCGAUAGGCCGCGGCGCCGAGAGCAAGCACGUUUUAUUUGUUCGGGAAUUUGCUGCGGCCGCUUCUCUUCUCCAGACGAAAACCAGUACACUCGCAAAUAUCCACGUGAAUGUUCAGAAAGCCCUGGGUGAGUUAGCUACAUGCCCGUAUGAAGCACUCGAAUUUGAGGCACGGCUACGGGCAAUUCAAGCGGCUGUGGACCAGCUUAACUUAGAACAGUACGUAAAUCUUGGGUUCUGGGUGGAGAGGAUGAAUGAGCGGAUCAAGUUGAUUCUACUCGCUCGUCUUCAGCGUGCCGUCUCGGCGUGGAUUGAAGCUUUUGAAGACGAUACCCCAAUCGACCGGAUCGAGAGCAAUCGGAGGAAGCAACUGGCCGCGUCAGGGGAGUCUGUCAAAUCCGACGCGCCGCUCAUGAGACACCUGGUCCACGAAAUCACGAUGAAGAACCAGGUCAUCUACCUUGAUCCACCCUUGGAAUUCGCCAGGGCCAGCUGGUUCUUACACCUGCACAACUGGAUCGGCAUUGUCUGCAACCUCCCCAAGAUCAAGGCCUCCAGAUAUCAGAUGAGUUUAACGCUAAGCACCGUUGUUCUCGAAGAAGCACGCUUCAACGAUCUUCCUAGCGAUUGCACAGACAUUCUCAGCAGAGUAUACACCUCGGUCGAGAAGAAAUUGGAAGGCAUCAGCGAAUACGUCGACAAGUGGCUUCAGUUCCAAUCUCUCUGGGAUCUGCAGUCCGAGCAAGUCUACGAGCUUUUAGGAGACGAACUCCCGAAAUGGCUGCAGCUGUUGCAGGAAAUCCGAAAGUCGCGUGCGACUUUUGAUACUGCCGAAGUCAGCCGUUCAUUCGGCCAUAUUACCAUCGAUUACGAGCAAGUGCAGAUGAAGGUCAACUCCAAGUAUGACCAAUGGCAACAGGAAAUACUGGUGAAAUUUGCUGCGCGACUAGGUGGACGUAUGCGGGAGGUCAAUGCCGAAAUCGAGAAGGCUCGGAGAGAUUUGGAAGGGCAGAGCCUUGAAGCCACGUCGACUGCACAGGCAGUCCAAUUUAUUACUAUCGUGCAAGCUUGCAAACGCAAGGUGAAGGCUUGGGCGCCCGAGGUUGAGACCUUCCGGCAAGGUCAAUCCACUCUCGUCCGGAACCGAUACAAUUUACCGAACGACUGGGUAGACGUCCAGCAGGUCGACUCAACGUGGGAUGCCCUUAAUGAGCUCUUGAAUAGGAAGGCGAAGAUCGUGCAGGAUCAGACCGAUGCCCUGAAAGCGAAGAUAGUGGCGGAGGACCAGGUCGUCAUGGACAAGAUCGCCGACAUUGCUACUCAAUGGAACGCGGAGAAGCCAGUUUCGGGGACAAUCGCUCCAGAUGUUGCGUCCGGAAUACUCACCGCUUUCGAGUCUCGCGUCACGAAGCUGCAAGAAGAGUUCGAUAUGGUAUCCAAAGCCAAGGAGGCACUUGACCUUCCCGCAAGCCCCGAAUCUUCUCUUUCCAUCAUCUUGGAGGAAGUCCACGAUUUCAAGUCCGUAUGGGCUGCCUUGUCGACGAUUUGGAAGAGCUUGAACGAACUCCGAGAGACACUCUGGGGAAGCGUUCAACCAAGGAAGGUCCGGAGUAGCAUCGAUGGGCUUAUUAAGAUGACCAAGGACAUGCCGAGCAGAAUGCGACAGUAUGCUGCUUUCGAGCAUGUUCAAGACAUCCUCCGUCAGCUUCUGAAGGUGAAUAGUCUUCUUGGGGACUUGAAGUCAGAAGCCAUCCGAGAUCGACAUUGGACAAAAAUCUGGAAGGCCAUCAAACCUGGUCGACGAUACUCGCCGGUCUCUAUGACUCUCGGUGAUGUCUGGGAUCUCAACCUUAUUGCCAGCGAUGUCAUUGUCAGGGAUAUCAUCACACAAGCUCAGGGUGAAAUGGCCCUAGAAGAAUUUUUGAAACAGGUGAAGGAGACCUGGAAUGGUUAUCAAUUGGAUCUCGUGGCCUACCAGACCAAAUGCCGUCUCAUUCGUGGCUGGGAUGACCUCUUCGCCAAGUGCAGCGAGAAUCUAAACUCGCUACAGGCAAUGAAGCAUUCGCCGUACUACAAAGAGUUUGAGGAGGAGGCGUCGUCCUGGGAAGACAAGCUGAAUCGCGUUCACGUCCUAUUCGAUGUCUGGAUUGAUGUCCAGCGCCAGUGGGUAUACUUGGAGGGUGUCUUUACCGGAAAUGCCGACAUCAAGCAUCUUUUGCCCAUCGAGUCCUCGAGGUUUCAAAACAUCAACAGCGAAUUCAUGUCCGUCAUGAAGAAAGUGUACAAGCAGCCGAUGGUGAUGGAUGUUCUAAGCAUCACUGGCGUCCAGAAGUCGCUUGAACGCCUAGCUGAGCUGCUCAACAAGAUACAGAAGGCGCUCGGCGAAUAUCUUGAGAAAGAACGGGUAUCGUUCCCGCGUUUCUAUUUCGUAGGCGACGAGGAUCUUCUCGAGAUGAUCGGCAACAGUAACGAUACCCUGCGUAUUGCUAAACACUUCAAAAAGAUGUUCGCUGGUCUCACGGGGUUAGUCAUGGACGACGAAUCGACUAUCUCGGGCUUCACAUCUAAAGAAGACGAGGUCGUACGUCUCAAGAAGGAGAUCUCACUCGCGAAAGUACCCAAGAUCAAUGACUGGCUAGCUCUGCUAGAAAACGGUAUGAAAGCUACCUUGGCCGAGCUUCUCGCCGAAGCGGUCGAAGUGUAUACGCCGAUAUUUGAAUCGGGGGAAAUCAGCCAAGAUGCCUUGAACGAUUUCAUGACCGCCUUCCCCAGCCAGAUCGUGGUGCUUGCUACUCAAGUGACUUGGACCACGGCGGUUGAGCGAUCGUUGAGUAACGGAGGUAGUACACUACAGUCUCUCUUUGAACGUGAAGUCCAAGUUCUUAGGAUUCUCGCCGAAACCGUGCUUGGCGACUUAGAGGUAAUACAGAGGAAGAAAUGCGAGGCUCUUAUCACGGAAUGUGUCCACCAACGGGAUGUAAUUGAGAAGUUGGUGAAGCUCAAUGCCACUUCUCCAACACAUUACAUGUGGCUGCUCCAGAUGCGGUAUAUCUACGUGCCUGAAGGGGAUUUCUUGCAGCGUCUCCACGUCAAGAUGGCAAAUGCGAAGCUCAACUAUGGUUUCGAGUACUUGGGCGUCCCCGAUAGGCUUGUCCGAACUCCUCUUACCGAUCGCUGCUUCGGAACUCUCACCCAGGCUCUCUGCCAGCGACUUGGCGGCUCGCCAUACGGACCUGCCGGCACUGGAAAGACGGAGUCAGUCAAGGCCCUCGGUGUGCAAUUGGGUCGCUUUACUCUGGUAUUUUGCUGCGACGACACAUUUGAUUUUCAAGCCAUGGGCCGCAUUUUCCUCGGCAUCUGUCAGGUUGGAGCUUGGGGCUGCUUCGACGAAUUCAACCGUCUCGAGGAGAGGAUCUUGUCUGCGGUCUCGCAGCAGAUUCAAAAUAUUCAGCUCGGCCUCAAGCAAGGCGCAGAAGAUGACAAGGCCCAGAUUGAGUUGGUUGGUCGCCAGCUCCGCGUAAACGCCAACACGGGUAUCUUCAUUACCAUGAACCCCGGUUAUGCCGGCCGUUCUAACCUGCCGGACAACCUAAAAAAGUUGUUCCGCAGUGUUGCCAUGUCGAAACCAGACAAAGAACUCAUUGCCGAAGUCAUGCUCUACUCUCAGGGGUUUAAUCAAGCCAAACAACUUUCGAAACAGACAGUUCCCUUCUUCGACAGGUGCGCUGCAAAGCUGUCGAAACAGGCACACUACGAUUUUGGGCUUCGUGCCUUGAAAAGUGUGCUCGUUAGUUCUGGCGGCCUCAAACGUGCCCGACUCACAAGCAGUAGCGGCGAAAUUGGUUCCGAGGAGGUUGUAGAGCCCGAAAUCAUUGUGCAGAGUGUUCGGGAAACCAUUGCCCCAAAGCUUAUUCGCAGCGAUGUCGAUAUCAUGAUGAGCAUCGAGGGGGAGUGCUUUCCGGGCGUCCAGUAUGUUCCUGCUAACCUCAACAAGCUUGAGGACGCCAUCCGUAAUCUGGCGGCCGAGAGGCACCUGGUGGUCAAUGAUACUUGGAUGACCAAAGUUCUCCAGCUCUACCAGAUUCAGAAGAUACACCACGGUGUGAUGAUGGUAGGCAACUCGGGAUCUGGAAAAUCUGCAGCUUGGCGGCUGCUCCUCGAUGCGCUUCAGCAAGUUGAAGGUGUCGAGGGCGUUUCUCACGUUAUCGACUCGAAAGUCAUGUCAAAGGAAGCACUAUACGGGAACCUAGACUCAACCACGAGAGAGUGGACAGACGGCUUAUUCACGAGCAUCCUCCGGAAGAUCGUGGAUAACCUCCGUGGAGAAGACUCGAAGCGCCACUGGAUUGUUUUCGACGGAGAUGUCGACCCCGAAUGGGUCGAGAAUCUGAACAGUGUUCUGGAUGAUAACAAAUUGCUGACUCUCCCCAACGGCGAGCGUCUUAAUCUGCCACCCAACGUUAGGAUAAUGUUCGAGGUUGAAACUCUCAAAUAUGCCACCCUAGCAACUGUUAGUCGAUGUGGCAUGGUUUGGUUUAGCGAAGACACCGUCACCUCAAGCAUGAUGGUCACCAAUUAUCUCCAGAAGCUGAGGGCGGUGGCCUUCGAAGAUUUGGACGAGGAUGCUGCCGCUGCUGGUCAGAGCCCUGCGAAGGCGCUACAAAUCCAGAGCCAAGUUGCCGACCUCCUGCAAGCCCACCUGACUACGGAGGAUUUCAUCCUCGCAGCUCUUAAAAAAGCCGAGUCCUAUAAUCACAUCAUGGAAUACACUGUUGCUCGUGUCCUCACGACAUUGUUUUCUUUGCUCAACAAGGCCGUCCGGGAUGUAAUUGAAUAUAAUGCAGCCCACGUCGAUUUCCCUCUGGACUCGGAGCAGAUCGAAGCAUACGUCUCAAAGAAGUUGCUACUUGCUCUGGUCUGGGCAUUGACGGGCGAUUGUCCGCUUACUGACCGAAAAGCGUUUGGAGACAGCGUCGGGGCCCUCGCGAGCUUCGGGUCGCCGCCACUCGAUGGUAGCAGCUCUCUCAUCGAUUUUGAUGUCACUCUUCCUAGAGCGGAAUGGACCCCGUGGCAGAACGAGGUCCCUACGAUCGAGGUCAACACGCAUUCUAUUACGCAGACAGACGUUGUCAUCCCCACCCUGGAUACCGUUCGCCAUGAGGACGUGCUCUAUUCCUGGCUCGCGGAGCAUAAACCGCUUCUACUUUGCGGCCCGCCCGGGUCUGGUAAGACGAUGACUCUGUUUAGCGCACUUCGCAAACUACCGAACAUGGAAGUCGUCGGCCUCAACUUCUCUAGUGCGACGACACCCGACCUUCUCAUAAAGACCUUUGAACAGUAUUGCGAGUACAAGAAGACUCUGAAUGGUGUGAUGCUAUCACCAACCCAGAUAGGGCGAUGGCUUGUAAUCUUCUGCGACGAGAUAAAUCUACCUGCCCCAGACAGAUACGGUACUCAGCGAGCGAUCUCAUUCCUUCGUCAGUUGGUAGAGCACAACGGGUUCUGGCGAACGUCAGACAAAUCAUGGGUAACACUCGACCGAAUCCAAUUUGUUGGCGCCUGUAACCCCCCAACCGACGCUGGCCGUACCCCCAUGGGGGCCAGGUUCCUCAGGCACGCUCCGCUUAUCAUGGUUGACUACCCAGGCGAGCUGUCUCUACUUCAGAUUUACGGAACUUUCAACUCGGCUAUUCUCAAGAUCAUACCAGCACUACGCGGAUACUCCGAACCACUUACCCAGGCCAUGGUUCGAUUCUAUUUGGAAUCCCAACAGCGAUUUACGCCCAAGAUACAACCUCAUUAUGUGUACAGUCCUCGUGAGUUGACGAGGUGGGUGCGCGGCGUAUACGAGGCCAUUCGCCCGUUGGAGACGCUAUCUAUCGAGGGGUUAGUCCGCAUCUGGGCCCACGAGGCGCUACGGCUUUUCCAAGACCGUCUGGUUGCCGAAGAUGAGCGGAAAUGGACGGACGAUGCCGUGCGAAGAAUUGCCUUGGAGCUUUUCCCAACAGUCGACGAGCAGAAGGCGCUCGGCGGCCCAAUCCUAUUCUCCAACUGGCUAUCGAAGAACUAUGUCCCAGUUGAUCGGGAGCAAUUACGAGACUUUGUCAAGGCUCGCCUCAAGACAUUCUGCGAAGAGGAGGUUGAUGUCCCCCUCAUCCUCUUUAACGAUGUGCUUGAGCAUGUCCUGCGCAUCGAUCGUGUCUUCAGACAACCGCAAGGACACUUGAUCUUGAUUGGUGUGAGUGGAAGUGGAAAGACAACCCUCUCGAGAUUUGUUGCCUGGAUGAAUGGCCUCAAGGUCUUCCAGAUCAAGGUUCACGGAAAAUACUCAGCUGAAGACUUUGACGAAGACCUUCGGGAGGUCUUGCGCCGAUGUGGCUGCAAGGGCGAGAAGAUGUGUUUUAUUAUGGAUGAAUCCAACGUCCUAGACUCGGGCUUCUUGGAGAGGAUGAACACAUUGCUUGCCAACGCCGAAGUUCCCGGUCUUUUCGAGGGAGACGAUUUUGCCUCCCUAAUGACGGCCUGCAAAGAAGGCGCCCAGCGACAAGGUCUGUUGCUGGAUUCCCAAGAGGAGCUUUAUAAAUGGUUCACGCAGCAGAUAGUCAAGAACCUGCAUGUCGUCUUCACUAUGAACCCGCCCGAGGACGGAUUAUCCUCCAAGGCAGCCACCAGCCCGGCCUUGUUCAACCGUUGCGUCUUGAACUGGUUCGGCGAUUGGUCCGACCAGGCGCUCUUCCAGGUAGCCAACGAGCUGACACAUUCUAUCGAUCUCGAUAAACCCAACUUCGCUGCCCCCGACACCAUCCCCGUCGCAUAUCGUGGCCUUAACUUACCUCCCUCGCACCGAGAAACAAUCGUCAACUCGAUGGUCUACAUCCACUACUCGCUGCGGCACUUUAAUAGCAAGCUUCAAAAACAACAAGGAAAGAUUACAUUCCUCACUCCACGCCACUUCCUCGACUUCGUCGCCCAAUAUGUCAAGUUGUACAACGAGAAGCGAGAAGACCUGGAGGAACAGCAGCGUCACUUGAAUGUCGGUCUUGACAAAUUGAGAGACACAGUCGAGAAAGUUCGCGAUCUUAGGGCCAGUCUAGCGGAGAAGAAGACCCAGCUUGAAGCCAAAGAUGCCGAGGCUAACGAGAAGCUACAACGUAUGAUUGCCGACCAAAGGGAAGCCGAACAGCGCAAGAGCACCUCCCUAGAGAUCCAAGCCGCCCUAGAAAAGCAAGAGGCUGAAGUCGCAAAACGCAAAGAGGUUGUGUUAAACGACUUGGCAAGAGCCGAGCCCGCGGUUGAAGAAGCGAAGGCAAGUGUCAGUAACAUUAAACGACAACACCUAACUGAAGUUCGUUCCAUGGGUUCCCCCCCGCAGGGCGUCCGGCUGGCGAUGGAGUCCGUUUGCGCUUUGCUGGGCCAUAAGAUUCAGGAUUGGAAGGCUGUCCAAGCCGUGGUGCGUCGCGAUGACUUCAUCGCAAGCAUUGUCAAUUUCGACAACGAGAAACAAAUGACCAAGGCCUUGCGAACGUUGAUGCGCACAAAGUUUCUGAACGUUAAGGACUUCACAUACGAAAAGGUCAAUCACGCUAGUAAGGCCUGUGGUCCGCUGGUCCAGUGGGUCGAGGCACAGGUCAAUUACUCGGAAAUCCUCGACCGUGUUGGACCUCUGCGUGAGGAAGUAACCCAGCUAGAGGAGCAGGCCUUGCAGACGAAGGCCGAGGCCAAGGCCGUUGAAAACACUAUCUCCAGCCUAGAGCAGAGCAUCGCAACGUACAAGACAGAGUACGCAGCCCUCAUCAGCGAGACUCAGUCUAUCAAGAGCGAGAUGUCUCGUGUCCAGUUCAAGGUGGACCGAAGCGUUAGGCUUCUUGAUAGUCUUUCUUCGGAGCGAACCCGAUGGGAAGACGGCAGCAAGUCGUUCGAAACCCAGAUCAGCACGUUGGUCGGAGACGUCCUAGUUGCGGCGGCCUUCCUGGCUUAUAGCGGUCUCUACGACCAGACUUUCCGCAAAUCAAUGAUGGAAGAUUGGCUGCAUCAGCUACAUCUUUCCGGAAUCCACUUCAAGCCCCAUAAUCCUGUUACCGAGUACCUGUCCACCGCGGACGCGAGACUCGGUUGGCAAGAGAACACUCUGCCAGUCGACGAUCUCUGCACUGAGAACGCCAUUAUCCUCGAGCGUUUCAACCGCUACCCCCUCAUCAUCGAUCCGUCUGGCAGAGUCACUGAGUUCCUUCAACGCGAAUGCAAAGAUCGUCGUCUGACGGUAACUAGUUUCUUGGACGAUUCCUUUACCAAACAGCUGGAGAGUUCUCUCCGGUUCGGCAAUCCCAUUCUCAUACAGGAUGCUGAGCAUCUAGACCCCAUUCUGAAUCAUGUUCUCAACAAGGAAUAUCAGAAAACGGGUGGUCGAGUGCUCAUCCAGCUGGGGAAACAACAAAUUGAUUUCUCGCCCGCAUUUAAGAUUUACUUAUCCACGCGAGAUCCUUCGGCCACAUUCCCCCCGGACAUCUGUAGCCGAACCACCUUUGUUAACUUUACGGUGACGCAAAGUAGUCUCCAGACCCAGUCCCUCAACGAGGUCCUAAAAUCGGAGAGGCCAGAUGUGGACGAGAGGAGGUCAAAUCUCAUCAAACUGCAGGGUGAAUUCAAGGUUCAUCUUCGACAACUUGAGAAGCGUCUACUCCAAGCACUCAAUGAAUCCCGUGGUAAUAUUCUUGACGAUGACCACGUCAUCGAAACCCUCGAGACCCUCAAGACCGAGGCCGGAGAAAUCACUAUUAAGAUGAGCAAUACGGAAGGCGUCAUGGCUGAAGUCGAAGAAAUCACACUUCAGUACGGCAUCAUCGCGCGAUCUUGCAGUGCAGUUUUUGCUGUUCUCGAGCAACUGCACUACCUCAACCACUUCUACCAGUUCUCCCUCCAGUACUUCCUAGACAUCUUCCAUUCUGUCCUCCACGGGAACGGGAACCUGGCAAAUGAGAAGGACUUCAAUAGACGCCGAGAUAUCAUCAUCAAGGACCUAUUCGUGACCGCAUUUAAGAGGACGGCACUGGGCCUGCUGCAGAAGGAUCGGAUUACACUGGCUUUGCUUCUCGCCCAAGCCUCCCCUUAUAAGAUGGACAAGAGCCUUAUCGAUGUUGUCCUCGACGAUCGUGUUGAGGGCAAUGACCUUUCCACCGAAAGUGAUGCUAGGGACGAAACCUUUGCCAGAGCCAAGAAGCUCAGCGCACUGAAGGACAAGCUCGAUCAGGUCCCUGCCUCUGCCUGGGACACAUUCCUGACAGAGGAAUUCGCAGAGAACUUCGUGCCGCAAAUAUGGGAUUCGGGAAGUGACCCAUUUGACCAAGGCCUGUUCGCGUUGCUUCUCGUUAAACUAUUCCGGCUCGACCGUUUUGUGCCGGCUGCGGAACGAUUUGUUACUUCCGUGUUCGGAGACGGGCUAUUCGACAUCGUGGAUGAUCUCAAGGAGACGGUCGACCAAGUUGCUCCAACCCACCCUAUCUCGCUUGUUUCGAGCCCCGGUUUCGAUGCCAGCUACAAAGUCGACAGCCUGGUUGAGAGGAUGCGGGUCAGGUGCACCAAUAUCGCGAUGGGAUCUAACGAAGGUCUUGCCAGCGCCGACAAGGCGAUCAGCAACGCAGCGCAAGUCGGAUCCUGGGUUCUCAUCAAGAACGUCCAUCUUGCGCCAACCUGGCUACAGUCUCUGGAGAAGCGCAUGGAAUCUCUCAAUCCGCACUCGGACUUCCGAUUGUUCCUAUCGAUGGAGUCGAGCCCCAAGAUACCGGUGAACUUCCUUCGCGCAUCUCGCGUGCUUAUGUACGAGCAGCCAGCCGGCGUGAGGGCCAACAUGCGGGACUCGAUGUCUUCUCUCUCGACACGGUCUACGAAGAGCCCGGUGGAACGUACUAGAUUGUACCUCCUCCUUUCCUUCCUACAUGCCGUCGUACAGGAACGCCUACGAUAUGCCCCCAAUCUAGGAUGGAAAGGCUUUUGGGAGUUUAACGACAGCGACUACGAAUGCUCGGCUUUCAUCAUCGACACGUGGAUCGAGUCUGUGGCGCAGAGCCGUACGAAUAUCAACCCGCAGAAUAUCCCGUGGGAUAUGAUCCGCUACCUGGUCCGUGAGACGUACGGCGGUAAGAUCGACGACGAGGGCGAUUACAACCGCUUGACGGAGUUGGUGGGCCAAUUCCUAACGCCAUCCGCGUUCGACAUCGGACACAAACUGGUCGAGGGAUCCGAGAAAGACGGGCAGGAUGCGAGUCUGGUGGUGCCAUCGGGCACUUCGCUGCAAGAGUUUAUGGGGUGGAUUCACAAAUUGCCGGAACGAGAGCCGCCGGUUUAUCUGGGUCUUCCCGCUAACGCAGAAAAACUCCUUCUAGUUGGCCUGGGCAAGAGCCUGAUCCAGAAUGUGAAGAAGGUGGCUGAAUUGCUGGACGAGGGGGAGCAGCUUAUGGCAGAGGGUUGAGGAGGCGUCAUCCUACGCAAAAUUGUAAACGUGGUGUUGUGGCUCUUCUCUUCGACGGCUUUUUUUCUCUCUUUUUUUUUCUAGCGGCUUCUUUAG